AUAAUUAUUAAUCGAGACGAUUAGCUCGUUUUUAAUUUUUGUCGAUUUGCCAUUCAAAACUCGUCACUAAAAAUGUACAAGAAGAAAAGGCGGAGUUAAAAGAAAUCUUGACCAAUUACGGAGCUCGGCGAGCGUAUACGAGGAAUUUCAAAUUUUGUUUUCACUCCAGAUAAAAUCAGUGCUUAAAUUUUAAUUUUCUAGAAGAAAGAAAAAAACAUCUAACUGUUGACUUUUUAUUUUUCUAAAACGUUAAUAAUGAGAUUUCCUAUAUACAAUAUAAAUGCAAUAUAAUUAUGGAAAAGAAAUCAAAGUUUUUAUCAUGGUUAAAAUUUUCUUCACAUAAAAAUUCAAGUAAAAACUCCCAUGAAAGUCAGAAGACUGAAAAUAAUGUUCCUACUGUUGGCUGCAUGAGAAAUAUGUAUCAUCUAUCAAAUUCUAAUGGUGAAAUAUUUCUCCCUGUACAGUGUUGUCAACACUGUAUUCAUCAACCAGAACUAUUAAGUUCACAAAACUUAUCAUGUCAGAAUUCAUGCAAAAUGAGGCAUCAAAAUUGUGGAAUAACAGCCAUGCAUACAAAAUAUGAUGAAAUAACUAAACAUAUGCAAGCUUUAAAAGUAAAUAAUGAAAAUUUACUUUGUGGUUCACAUAGAGAACACAACUGUUGUUGGAAAUACAGACCUGAAAAUCAGUGUUAUCCAAAAGCAUUUGAAUUUAGAACUAAUUCAAAGAAAUCAUGUUGUCAACAUCAUAAAUGUUCAAAAAAGUACUAUAAAUUUCUAGAAACAAGCAAAACUGAAUCUUGUAAACAGCCAAGUAAAUAUAGAAGUAUUGGUGUGAAUACAACACCUCAAAAAAUUACAACAGCACAAGAACAAUCAUUAAAAUCAGCAGAUAAAUGUUUAGACACAUAUCAAAACUUUCCACACUGUUCUAGAUUUAGACAUUUGGGAUCUGAAGAUGAUAUGAAGAAAAAGCAAACAAAGCAUAAAAGAUGUUCUCAAAUAGAAAAUAAUCCAAAACUAACAGAAUAUAGACAUUACAAUCACUUAAGAGUGCAUAUUGAGGAUAAAUCCUCAUUAAAUUCAAAUAGUAAUCCAGAAAGUUACUUGACACAAUCAAGAUUGUACAGUGCAAUGAUUCAUGCUAACAAAGAAAAUAGACAAAUUUUAAAAAUUAUGGAAAAGCAUAGGAUGCACCGUUAUAAUAGGACUUUGCCAAAAACCUGGAAACAAAAAGCAUGGUUGCAAGAUGAUGAUCAUAAAUCAACAUUUGCAGAUGAUGAGAAGAGUGAAUUUAAUGACAGUUACACUACAAAUUAUUAUACUAGCAAGCAAACUUGCCUAUAAACUUUAUUUUAAAAUGAAAGCUUUUACUUUUUAACUGCAAACAUUUUUUACUAUAAUCACAAGACAUUGUAAAAUUCCAUCUAUAUGUUAUGGACAAAGUGAUAAAUCGGGCAUUAUGAAUAAUGACCAAAUAGUGUGAUAAAUAUUGAUUAAUUUAUCAGAUUGACUGGUCAUUAUGAAUACUGCUAUCACCUAGUCGGGCAAAGUGAUGAUAAUAAGUUGAGGAGUGAUCAUCUGACAAUCGGUACACUGAGUUGCGUGUGCGUAUCGUACAGCAUUUAGUACAGAAUUUUAAAUUUGAUUAAAAAAACCCCACUUAUUUCAUUUAGAAAUAUUUAUUUUUUGUAAAUUAUAUCAAAGUACUAUUAACUAUAUUAAUUAAACUAAUAUUAACGAAAAGUAUUA